CUGACAUUUCUCUGAGCCUGCGAGACCGCCCGCUGACCAAAUAAAUAUCCAAGAUGGCUGCGAAGCACUGGAAAGAACGGGUCCUUUCCCGGAUAUUCCAUAUUUUCAUAACCACUGCCGUAGUAUUAACCCUCUUCUUAACAAAUACAGAGCUUAAGAGGUCGAUUUUCGAUGGACGCUGGUAUUAUUGGAGUUCGUUUCUUAUUCUCUGUGUCUUAGGACUCGUGUUUUAUUUUAUCGCUGGUAUUAUGGAUCCAGGAUACGUGGAAACACAAGAACAUAAUAAUAUUCUUAUUUCCUAUGAGAAAGCAGAGGUUGAUAUUGAAAGCCAGUCUGAAAAUGAAAGUGAUAAUGCAGAAGAGACAUGUAAGAUCCUAGCCACACCUCCAUUUGGCAGCAGACUGCGUCGCUGUGGUUACUGUGCGAUAAUGCAGCCAUUGAGAACUAAACAUUGUGAGGACUGUGGACGAUGUGUGAGAAAAUAUGAUCACCACUGUCCCUGGCUUGGCACGUGUGUUGGGGAAAGAAAUCAUAGAUUUUUCUGGUGUUUUUUGGUCAGUCAAAAUGCACUGGUAGCAUGGGCCAUUGAAAUAGCAUGGCAUGGAUUUGUAUACAAGGACUCCUGGUGGGAUUGGGUUGUCGCGAAUGCCUUUCUCCUCAUCUCAAUGUUUAUCCUAAUCUUUGGUAUGAUAACUGUCUUCCUUCUCCUUUGCUGUCACACCUAUCUGAUGGUUACUGCACAGACAACAUGGGAAUACAUGUCACGGUCGCGUAUAUCCUAUCUUAAGACUCUUAGCGAGGACAUCAAUCCCUUUGAUCAGGGAUACUUGUGCAACGUUUAUGGGUUCUUGUGCCAGUGUAGAAUACAGAAAUGGGAGGCGAUGCUGAGAGCUCAUGAAAGAUGGGCAUAAUCUUUAACUGCAGUGGUACUACUUCCUAUAAAGCAGGGUGCUAGUAUUUGUGACAAAUACCACUGUAAUGAUGCAGUAAGAAUUACACUUGUGCAAUCCAAGUAUUUUGACAUUGUAUGCAUCAUCCAUAAAAAAAAAAACAAAUGGCAAAUUGAAUCUGCAUUCUUUGUAAAGGGGGAAAGCCUGUUGUGUGUGUUUUAAAAAAAGCUUGAUGACCACAAAAGUAUGCCUAGUUCCCUGGAUACUUCAUUUACCUGGAAAAGACUACCUGACCACCAAACAUAGCAAUUAGUGAGACUUGAGAGACAAGAUAAACUUUCCUUUGAGUUCCUAAAAAGACUAGACUAUAAGACAUGGCAAAAUUACAAGAUGGGCUUUCCUUUUAGCUUCUUAACAGGCAAUCAAAAGGAUGGACUAGGUCAUAAAAAAAUUGCAACAUGGCAAAAUGGGCUUCAAUUUGAGGCACAAAGAGACCACCUAGUUCAAGAUAACUUGUUUAUGAGCCAUUGAAAAAUGGAUGAUAUGCUUAUAAAAUAACUCAACAUACAGUAUAAUAAUCCGGGGGGGGGGGGGGGGGACUCCCUUAAAAACAGAUGGGGAUGACCGUUGGCAAAAUAAAAAGGUUAUUAUUUCUUGUAAGACCUCCCAGAUUCUAAAAUAUCUUUGUCUUAUUUGGGAACAGCACAUUUUGGUCCUGUUUCUCAGAUUUAAUGCCUCUUUUGACUUUAUAAGUUUGUUUAGGUGACAAGUUUCACAAUAGCACUAGAAUUUUUUUACCUCGGAUAUUUGGGGUUAAGUGGUGGGUAAAUUUUGCUCUCUGUCAAAGCUGUUGUUAAAAAUGUCACUAGAUCCACUAGAUUACACUUUAAAAGCUAAUAUUAUGCAUUUAUCAUUACUAUGAGCAGUAAUACAUGCAUGCAAAUACUUUUUUGUAAUAAUUACAGAUUUUUUUUUCUUUUGCAAAAAUUAUGAGAAUCCAAGAUGGGGGAUACAAGAUGGAGGAAAUUCUUCCAAAAAAUUGAUUAUAAACAAUUUUAUGGCCUUCUUGCAUUGUAAAGCCAUUAAAAGGUUGAUUUUGACAUAUCUAAAUGAUGUAAAAUGAUUUCAACCCGAUAUCCGAUAAUUCAGGCAAUAUUUGAAAGAAUAUCAAGACAUCAUAUUUAUGAUGUCAUUGUGACGCCAUAAUUGAUUCGACCAAAAUAGGGCGUGACGAUUCUUUGCAUGGUGGUGAUUAGUGUCUGUAAGUUUGAUGGUCAUAGCGGUUUCAAAAUAGGGCGUGACGGUUUUUUGCAUGGUGGUGAUUAGUGUCUGUAAGUUUGAUGGUCAUAGCGGUUCAUGAAAUACGGAGGGGGGGACCUUUUAGCCCCCCCCCAGUCACAGACAGCUCAAAAUAGCCCAGUCUGAAUAGGGUUAAGAACCCACUAAUUGAACAGGUAGGUUGCAAAACAAAGGUUUUGAAUGUAACUAUUGCCUUUUACAUAAGUUUUAGAUACCUAAGUGGUUCAGGAAUGUGUAUUUAUUGCACACCUGUCAACCCCAGAAAAUCUCAAGGCUUGAGAUUUUUUUUUGAGGGGGAUUGGUAGGGUAUAUUAUUAUUUUGGGGAGGGGUGGGAUAUACCCUCACAGGGGGCUCGCAACCUCAAGCAAGCAAAAUAGCUUUCCGUACACUCGCAUGCAUGUUCAAUAUGUUGCUACAAAAGGAAUUAUAAUUUUUAUUACCUCAGAAAUUGCAUGCAAGUUUUUCACCCCCUUCAGAAAUUGCAUGCAAGUUUUACACUCCCCUCAGAAAUUGCAUGCAAGUUUAACACUCCCCUCAGAAAUUGAAUGCAAGUGUCUACACUCCCCUCAGAAAUUGCAUGCAAGUUUAACACUCCCCUCAUAAAUUACAUGCAAGUGUUUACACUCCCCUCAGAAAUUGCAUGCAAGUGUUUACACUCCCCUCACAAAUUGUAUGCAAGUUUUACACGCUCCUCAGAAAUUGCAUGUAAGUGCUAACACUGCCAUCAGAAUUACAUAAUGAUACCAGUUCUGUAUCAUGACUAUCAUGCAACCGAAUAAACUAACCAGUCUACAUGUUUUUUUAAAUAGAAGUAGAAUUGUGUGGAAUUGAAUAGUCGCACCAAAAUCGCGCGAAAUCUAUUUUUAAACCAUAGCGUUGUAUAUGUGUGAUCCGGAAAUGACGUCAAGGUAAAGAAAUUGUCAUAGCGUUUCUUAUUAUGAUCCGGAAAUGACGUCAAAUUGACGCAAUUGUUGACUUAGAUGGCUUCUUUACCUUCUUUCACUGAAAGAGAAAUAUUUUUUUAUGAAUUACUUUCUAUAUUGAAGAGAAAAGAGUUUUUUUUAUGAUUCCAUGGAAGGCCGGCACUUGAGCACGCCACGGGUCCCCCGCUGCUUAAGUGGGUUUUCCGUUUGCCUUUCAACUAAAAAACAUACCAUUGAAUUCCCGUCAUAGUUUUCAGCUGACAGAUUUCUACUCCAGUGGACAUACAAGACUUGACAGUUGUAUUAAGCCUUCUUGGAAAUGAGUUGAGCAUUCGCUUUCAUUGACUCAGACGGAGAUGUUGCUUCUUUACACAACAACCAAAAUUUAUGUAUGCAAUGUAGUAAUUACGAGCAAAUAAGCAACGCGAAUAAACAAUUGAUGUUUCGCUCCACAUCACGUAUUGUUAUUGAAGUAUUACAAAUAACUCUUUUUUAGUCUCGGUUGGUUCGUUGCUAAGAUCAGAAGGAAACUCGUAGCUUAGCGAGGGACUGAAAUCGUCCUCAACAACACAUUAAGCAAGCUGGAACCAC